CAAAAGUAAUAAAGACUACUAAUGUAGUGUGUAUGGGGAUACAUUUUCAUAAAUCCCAAAGAAUCAUCAACAUAAACAAAGAAAUAAAUGGUAGAAUAAUAUUAAUCACAACAUAGCAUAAUUUUGUGAAACAAACAGUGUAAGUCUGUUAAAACAAAACAAAGACAGUUUUCGCGCCAAUGUUUAAAAUUCAAAUCUAUCGCACGCAUAUCAUCACUUAUUGAAUUCAUCUAUUGUAAACAGAAACUACUAGUAAUGGAUGAAUGGAUGUUAGUUUAAUUUACCAGUAAAAAAGAAGGAAAAGGAUUGUCAGAAAAAUUGUGAAACUUUUAUUUCUCUUCAUUCCUGUUUCUGUCAAUUUCAUCAUUUGAGAUUUUGAAGGAAGAUUAAUAUAAAAACGGAUAAUUUGAUAUUUAUUUUAUUUUAUUUCUUAUAUAUAUAUUUGUACACAUGUGCAGUUAUUUUUCAACUUUAUUCUUACUAUUUUAACUGAAUAAUAACAAUAACAAUAUUAAUAAUAAUAAUAUAACAUGAUAUAUUUUAAAUGUUGCGCACAAACAACAUGUUCAGAGGAAUAUUUAAUUUGUAUUUUGUUAAUCUUAUGCUCAAUAUUUAAUGUUCAAUCGCAUAAUGACAAUAAUAAUAAUGAGAUAAAUAAUACAUCGAACCAAUCAAUAAAUAUUGAUUCGUCAGUUUUAAAUCCAGAGUUAAUUCGAAUGAAAAAAGAAGCUGAAAGCUCACUGGACAGUCAUAAUAAUAAUAACAAUAAUCACCAUAACAAUCGGAUUGGUGACAUUGAACAUAUUGAACAUGAUAGACUUGACACAUUAAGAGAUCAUUUAAACAAUGCGAAUAAAGGCAAUACUGACAAUAAUGAUAUGAAUAAUAUCAACGAUGAUGACUUAUUGAAGUCCUUAUCAAAUAUGAUUAGAAUGUAUCAUAGAUUUCCAAAUACUGAGACAAAUAAUGAAAACAGUAAUAAUAAUAAUAACAAUAAUGAAAGAAGUGGGACAACAUUUACAUUUAUUGAAAUGAUUGUUCAACGUACAGUGAAUAAAUAUAUGAAUGUAAUACGUACACGUUCUGACUGGUUAAAACGUUUGUUACAAUUAGUGAAAGAAGAACGCGAUAUUCGAUCAAGGUACAACUGUUAUACAGAUGCAUGUAUUUAUAAAAUCCAAUUGUUUACAACUCAGUUAAAAGCUCAUCUACUUAGGAAUACAGCACAUUUAGACGGGAAUCAUGCAGCUGAUGAGUUACACUUGAAACGAUACCGAAGAUCUUCAUUCGAUGAAUCCUUAACACCAUCAGAGUCGUCACCAGCAGAGGGUGUAGCGCCGGCAGCAACUAAGCCAUUUGAUUUAAAUGAUUCAACAGUUGAAGUGUUACAUGAUGAUCCAGGAAUUCCAGACGUCUUGCUAAUACAUCUUAAUGAUCACGGGGAUGAACAUGAUGAUGACGACGCUUUGAGGCUACCUAGCGAGAUACACAAGUUGAAUAUUUUGGAAAAGCAUAGCGAAAAUGCUCAUGAAAAUGACGGUGAUGUGGAGGAUAAUGUUGACAAUAAUCACUUUGACAGCUGGACGAAUAAUAAUAAUGAUAGUCGACAGAAAUCAAUCAAGUUUGAUAAUACGCAUAAGAUAGAUGUAGCUAGAUUUAGUCAAGAUUUGGUUAAUGGUGUUUUAUCUAAACAUACUAAAAGUCAAACAGUGACUGUACCCACUGUUACUAAGAUGCCAACGACUACUGCUACUCCUGAUGUGUUUAAUUCGAUUACGGGGAAUGACAGCAUUAUUGACAAUAUUUCACUAUUGUCUGUGUCCACUCCACAACCAAAUCUGUUCGCCCAAAUGAGUGGAGAAGAGAAUCCUUUCUUACAGAACCAUGAAGAUGAUGUUGACAGUGAUCUGGAGGUUGUCAGUCAACUUCACGAUGCGGAAUCUUCAAAGAAUAUUGCCGAUGAAGUUCCCAGUAUUUCAGCUGAUCAUGAAUUAAAAAGAGAUGAAGUCAGUGGUACAGUAGCCCCAGAUGGGGCAAACAGUAUCUCCUUAUCACUUUCGUCUUCAUCGGCAGAAUCAGAAGUAGAAAAAGAAGAAAAAGGAGUGGUGGUAGACACGAAGGGGGAGACAAUACCACUUCCUUUGUUCGAAUCCGCCGCCUAUACAACGGAUAUACCAACCGCCUUCAGUGAUGCCAUGCCUACAUCUGAUCUGGUAGAUGGUAAAGUUGAGGAACUACAGGAGAAUACAACACCACCACCACAAUCAUCGUCGACACUGCCAACAUUCACUGAUACUACUACAGCAGACAUAAGACAAACAGAUAUCUAUACACAUUCAAUGAAACCGUCAUUAAAUAUUCGAGCUAUCUCGUUGACAGUGGAAGAAACUCUGGUAAUACCAUUUGGAUUGAACAAAUUCAAUGGACGACCAUAUGAGAAUUGUACUGGACAGUAUGAAACUUAUUGUUAUAAUGCUAUAAAAUGUGUGUAUAUCAGUGUCCUGGAAACAGCUGCAUGUUACUGCAGAACUGGUUAUACUGGUGUACGUUGUGAUAUGUUCAAUUUACCGCAAACACUGGAUAUACUGAAAUCAUUUCGAGAAGAAAGUAUCGAUAUUAGUUCACUUCAACAACCCACCGCUUAUAUUCUACACAAUGUGAUUGAAGCAACAGCACGAUACACAGUAAAUGCUGUAUUAGAAGAAAGCUUAUUAUCAACAUGGGAAGAUGAUACACCCUUCUAAUAACUUUUUUCAAAUAAAAUACAAUGAAGAGAAAAUCAUAUACUUUUUAUACACAUGUACUUAUGUAUGAAGAAUAAAAGUAUAGCACAAAUAAUUGUAGAUAUAAUGUAUUGCAUUUAUUAUUACUAUUAUUAUUAUUAUUCCCACUUAGAUAUUAAUUUCCCCGUUUCCUUCACGGCCCACCUUAUUAAAAAUAAAGUCUUAU